CCUUGGUGCCAGAGUGGUGGGGCUGGCCUGCCAGGGACACAGAUGGGAAGGAAGCCCAGUAUAAGAUAAAGCCCUGAGGAGCUGCUGGUGGCUUCUUGCCCACAGCUGAGCAGGUGGGCUCCAGGGUGGCCAAACAGGACCAGGAUGACCGCUGCUUCCAGGCUCUGGCUGAAUCUCGGGCCUCAGGUGAUUAAUCUGGAGGAACUCUUUUCCUGCCUUUUCUUGUGGAAUUUAGUCAGAGCCCCUCCAACCCAGCCACCCCCAAAUCUCACAGCUUCUCCAAGAGGGCAAAGCCCCAGGUUAGAGUGAGGCUGGGGGGCACCUUUGCCAAGGUUACUGAGGUUCAAGGAGCAGAGUCUGAUGCCUCUGGAGCUGGUCUUGGCUCUAUUACCCAGCUCUGUGGGUGCCCACCUAGAUAUCUAGGACUGUGCUAUUGGAUUUCAAAGCCACAACCAUGCCCCAAAAGUGAGUUGGUGAGACCAGAUCAGCUUUGGUGGGAGGAAGGGAUACAGGGGAAGGCACUUGAUGGGAAGAAGCUCUGGGUUUGACUCUGCCUAGAAAGGAACAUUGCAGGGAUUAGAGGUGCCUCUUUUCCUCUCUCUGCUGUGAUGGAUAUGCCCCAACCCCUUCCUGCCUCCUAGGAUUGGAACUCCCUCCUCUGAUCCAGGCAUCCUCUCCUAGGAUGCCUAGAAAGCUCCCAUUUACUCUUGCCACCAGCUCCUUGGGAAGAUAGGGGCAGGGGCAUGCUUCCAGGCAGGGGGUAUUCCCAGAACCUUAGUUGGAGGGAUGUUUAUUUGGAUUGGGGGGUAAGGGGAAGUGUCUCAGAAUUGGUCUGAGCAGAUGUUUUGAACAUCUGUGACCACCAUUCCUGGUGUGGGUGUGUCCCAGUCCUUUUGGACACUGGAUCUGAAGAAAUGGAAGCACUGACGUGGAGGGCCCUGAAUCCCAAGCCUGCUGCUGCUGGGACCCUUAAAGUUGAGGUGCACCACAAGGCUCACCACUGCGUGUUUCCGAAAGUCCCCAGUGUCUUCAGGGCCUCUGAGGCUACAGUGGGCAGUGCUCAGUAUACUGCUUAGAGCCAAUGCUGAGGGGACAGGGAGCCAGCAAGUCAAGUGCCACAUCCUGACCUGGAGAGGUGCCCUGGCCCAUUUCCUUCUCCAGCUUUGUGAUACUGCCUUUGUUUCCUUCCACUUGGAUGGAGUCCCGCCACCGUGGUAAUAUUAAGUAGCACCAAAAGCUCUACCCAGAGCCUACUAUGUGCUUUACAUCCAUUCUCAGACAUUCUUACAACACGGAGGCAUUUUUCCUGCUUUACCAAUCAGGAAACUGCUCAAGGAGAUUAAGUAACUUACCCAAGGCCUCCUAUGUGUAACUAGGACUGGACCUUUAGUCUGUCUGACUCCAAUAUCAGGAUGAGCUUGCUUUUUUCCUCAGCAAGCUGCCUCUGGGAGCCCCAAAAGGCUCCAGGACUGAGGAGGCUUCUAAAAGGGCCUCACAUGCCCCAGGAGCCAGGUGGAUACAGAACGAGGGUUCGCACUCUCAGAGAGUUGGUCCCCAGUUCCCAUGCAGGGAGUGGAGCUUCUGAGCACUGCCAGAGCAACAGGCAGGGUUCUUGCCAGCACGGAGCCUCACGGAGUGAGCAGGCAGGUGGAGCUCUUGCUCCACCACAGCCCCUCUGCGGUCUCUGCAGCCGUUUGCAUUUCCUGAAACCGGAUCUUGGUGUCAGAGCCGCCCCCAGCCGGGCGGGCGCCUCAGCCAUGGCCCUGCGCAAGGAACUGCUCAAGUCCAUCUGGUACGCCUUUACCGCGCUGGACGUGGAGAAGAGCGGCAAAGUCUCCAAGUCCCAGCUCAAGGUGCUGUCCCACAACCUGUACACGGUCCUGCACAUCCCCCAUGACCCCGUGGCCCUGGAGGAACACUUCCGAGAUGAUGACGACGGCCCUGUGUCCAGCCAGGGAUACAUGCCCUACCUCAACAAGUACAUCCUGGACAAGGUGGAAUACCUGCUGAAAAAGGUACUCAGCAGCAUGAGCUUGGAGGUGAGCUUGGGUGAACUGGAGGAGCUUCUGGCCCAGGAGGCCCAGGUGGCCCAGACCACCGGGGGCCUCAGCGUCUGGCAGUUCCUGGAGCUCUUCAACUCAGGCCGCUGCCUGCGGGGCGUGGGCCGGGACACCCUCAGCAUGGCCAUCCACGAGGUCUACCAGGAGCUCAUCCAAGAUGUCCUGAAGCAGGGCUACCUGUGGAAGCGAGGGCACCUGAGAAGGAACUGGACCGAACGCUGGUUCCAGCUGCAGCCCAGCUGCCUCUGCUACUUUGGGAGUGAAGAGUGCAAAGAGAAAAGAGGCAUUAUCCCGCUGGAUGCACACUGCUGCGUGGAGGUGCUGCCAGACCGCGACGGAAAGCGUUGCAUGUUCUGUGUGAAGACAGCCACCCGCACGUAUGAGAUGAGCGCCUCAGACACGCGCCAGCGCCAGGAGUGGACAGCUGCCAUCCAGAUGGCGAUCCGGCUGCAGGCCGAGGGGAAGAAGUCCCUACAUAAGGACCUGAAGCAGAAACGGCGCGAGCAGCGGGAGCAGCGGGAGCGGCGCCGGGCGGCCAAGGAGGAGGAGCUGCUGCGGCUGCAGCAACUGCAGGAGGAGAAGGAGCGGAAGCUGCAGGAGCUGGAGCUGCUGCAGGAGGCGCAGCGGCAGGCGGAGCGGCUGCUGCAGGAGGAGGAGGAGCGGCGCCGCAGCCAGCACCGCGAGCUGCAGCAGGCGCUCGAGGGCCAACUGCGCGAGGCAGAGCAGGCCCGGGCCUCCAUGCAGGCUGAGAUGGAGCUGAAGGAGGAGGAGGCUGCCCGGCAGCGGCAGCGCAUCAAGGAGCUGGAGGAGAUGCAGCAGCGGUUGCAGGAGGCCCUGCAACUAGAGGUGAAAGCUCGGCGAGAUGAGGAAUCUGUGCGACUCGCUCAGACCAGACUGCUGGAAGAGGAGGAAGAGAAGCUGAAGCAGCUGAUGCAGCUGAAGGAGGAGCAGGAGCGCUACAUCGAACGGGCGCAGCAGGAGAAGGAAGAGCUGCAGCAGGAGAUGGCACAGCAGAGCCGCUCCCUGCAGCAGGCCCAGCAGCAGCUGGAGGAGGUGCGGCAGAACCGGCAGAGGGCUGACGAGGAUGUAGAGGCUGCCCAGAGAAAACUGCGCCAGGCCAGCACCAAUGUGAAACACUGGAAUGUCCAGAUGAACCGGCUCAUGCAUCCAAUUGAGCCUGGAGAUAAGCGUCCGGUCACCAGCAGCUCCUUCACAGGCUUCCAGCCCCCUCUGCUUGCCCGCCGUGACUCUUCCCUAAAGCGCCUGACCCGCUGGGGAUCCCAGGGCAACAGGACCCCUUCGCCCAACAGCAAUGAGCAGCAGAAGUCCCUCAACGGUGGGGAUGAGGCUCCUGUCCCGGCUUCCACCCCUCAGGAAGAUAAACUGGAUCCAGCACCAGAAAAUUAGCCUCUCCUAGCCCCUUGUUCUUCCCAAUGUCAUAUCCACCAGGACCUGGCCACAGCUGGCCUGUGGGUGAUCCCAGCUCUUACUAGGAGAGGGAGCUGAGGUCCUGGUGCCAGGGGCCCAGCCUCCAACCAUAAACAGUCCAGAAUGGAACCUGGUUCACCCUUCAUACCAGCUCCAAGCCCCAGACCAUGGGGACUGUCUGGGGUGUUGAUCCUUGAGAACUUGCCCUGUGCUUUAGACCCAAGGACCCAACCCCUGGGCUGGGAAAGAGUGAACAAGCAAGCUGGGGCCACCUGCCCCCAGGUGGCCACCAAGUUGUGGAAGCACAUUUCUAAAUAAAAACUGCUCUUAGAAUGAA